AUAGAGACCAGUUCAGGGUCCAGUAUCCUACCCAAGGACACCUUUAUGAGAGUCCUGGUCCUGGAGAGUCCGGCUGCAGGUCCUCCAGAUCGAUGCUGCUCUCAGAAUCAUUAACAACGUGCAGGAUGGUAACGCAGGAAACAGAGUCUGUACGCAAGAGGAUGAGACCAAGAGGAAGGACCUUAGACCACAUGACCUCCUCCAGAGAGAGACGACGGGGGGAGGAAAAGAGAGACUGCAGCUCCUGGGGGACCAUGAUCUAGACCAGAGUCAGGAUGUGACCUCAGCAGGGAGAGGAGAGGAGGUCCCAGAGAGACUGCUGGUCCUGAAGUCUGGACCAAGUCUGGACCAGCUCUGGUUAACCUUAAUUUAGAUUUAGACAAACGUGGAGACAUAAUCCUGUAAAAGACGAUGUUAAUUUGAACUUGAAUAGGAGUGAAACACGAGCGCUUGUUUACGUGUAUUACAGGGACUUUGACCUUUAAACUCUCCUGCUGUGAGGGGACGUUGGGUUUAGGGAUGUGAUGUGUACCCGGGACUUCCACCGCAUCCGGAACGGGGGUGAUUUUCGCCAUAGGCCAAUUCCUACCGGAUCAGUUUGUGAGGUGAAUUUCGUGGCGGGUUACGGACAGCGGGAAUCACAAGAACUCACAAGAACCUGCAGAUUCAGGUUUAAUUGCGCGAUAACGAGUUGUCUCUCUAAAGACAGACACAUAGACAUAUAAGCAGUAGAUUGUGUCCUUCCAGAGGAGGAAAUCUACUUCUAGACUUCUAGAAUCAGCAUCUCCUCAUCCAUGGUGUCAUCGGGGUGAAAUGACGUCUAAAAACCUUUCACUUGUUCGUCUCCGCCCGUUUGCAUGGUGUGAAAUACGAUCCUCCUGAAACACGGAGCGUUUUAUUUUGAAAAGAAGCCGGAUGUUUUAUUUUGUGUCUGUGCCCGACUUCCUUUCCAGCACGGGUUAAUCUGUACUGAAUUUAUCCGCCAUGCUGCGGCGUCCGACGGAAAGAAGUCGGUGUAAAUUGACACGUUAACUUGAAUGGUUACGAUCAGCUACGAUCGGAGGAUACGACCUUUUAGGAGACGAUCAGAUGAAGAUCGGGAGGCGUUUAGUGAACUUGGUGAUCGUUGUCACACUCAGCAGAUACUUUUUACACAUAACCCUGAAAUAUCGGUCAUGUGAUGCAGCUACUCUCAACGAGUCGGGCUGUAAACUUCCUGUUAGAUCGAAAAGCUGCUCUAGGACACCCCCGGUGGUACUUUGAUGAAUUUAACUGAAGUGGGUAUAAUUUAAGAUUUUAAUCUGCUGACAUCUGAAAAUGUAAAUCUGUUGAAUCGUUGUUUCCUUCUAAAUGAGCUGGGAAGCCCGUGAGUCCACGUCUUUAAGAAGCACCAAAACGCUGCAGUUCCUUGAGUGUCCACUAGAGGCUGGUUUAGACGUCUGUCCUGCAGAAGUUAGCUCGUUUACAGCUGGAUUCAAACCUGACUCUGACGUCAGAGAUGAAGGUUUCCAUCUCUGAGUAGAUUUUUAUGACCUUCAGUGAAACUCCUGAAGCAGCUGAUCAGUGAGGAUGAGUUUGACCUGCUCGGUCUCAGGAGAGGAGUUCACCUGGACGUCUGUGAAGUGGAUCAGGUUCAUGAACAGAUGUAGUUUAUUUCAGAGGAGCAGUGAUGGAGGCUGUGAGACGUUCUCUGAAGGUCAGAUCAGCUGUUUGGAUGAUGAGCAGCGGCGCUGAGUUCGCUCCUGUCAGAGUGGAUGUUGAAGCAGCUGAAGUCUCCUCGUGGAGCUCGUUGAAGGAGCUCAGGUGUUCCUGAUCAUCAGAUCAUGACUGAAGCAGGUGUGGAGAUUCAGCUGCUGCUGCAUGUUUGUGUUUUCAGGCCUUCAGGUCAGUUUGUUCAGAUGUUGAACACAAACCUCUGACGGCGCUCUCUCCUCGACCUCUGAAGCUCGCCGUGUGUGUGUUUGUGUGUUUGUUUGUGUGUUUGUUUGUGUGUUACAGUGCUGCAGGUUGAAGGAGUCUCACCUGCAGACUCUGUCCUGAGGCUCCAGCUCAGGUUCAGCGUCUAACCAAACAGAGUCUCCAGGAAUAAACCCAGAACCACGGUGAAGAUGGAUUCAUCCAAAUAUUACAAAUGAACCCAAAUCUAGAACCUCAGAGUUCUGCCGGGCCUUCAGGAGGAGUAAAAGCACACCUGUGUGAUCCUGGUCCAGAUGUUACGUGAGGUGAGAGACGAGGAAACGUUCCUGCCCCGAAUAAUCGUGCAGAUCCACGAUCCUUCGCCCCCUGACACGGUGAACUCGUCACCUCGCCGCUCUCUUUAUCCCCGGGCGUUACAUCUGAUCUAAUUCCUGCUUUAGACCCCGGGGCCGGUGUAAUUCCUGAGUUUAGGAGGCGUUGUGUGUGUGUGUGUUUUUGUGUGUUUUUGUGUGUUUUGUAUGCUGCUCCGUGUUCAGCCGGGAUCAGCCGGUCCGCCGGGUUCAGGCACGAUUCAUCACUUAUUAGGACGCGAGUGCAGGGAUUAGACUAAUACCUGGUUUUAGGAGGGGAAAUGGAAAAUACCUGAGCCAGAACAGGAUGAGAGGAUGGAGGGAUGAGAGGAUGGAGGGAUGAGAGGUGAAUACAGAUGAAAACUGCCUCAGCGCCUCUUUACCAGAACAAACGGCUGGAAACCCCUCGGACACUUCGGGGUUAAACCGACGUUCUUAUAUCAGCUGUAAAAAGGUCACGGACUCGUCAGGACAGGGACCGUUAGACCCAAAAUCCGGGUCCUGCUGCUCUGCAAACUUUGUUAAAAUAUUCAGAAGUUUGAGCAAAUAAAAGUGGAUCUUUAUUUUAGUUCAACAAGGACCAGAAAAACAGAUUUGAUUAUUUUUAUCUGCAGGAUUUCACUCGUUUGAUUCGUCAGAUGUCAGAAAUAGAUCCUUAAAUGUCUCAUCCAGUUCCUCCUCCUCCUCCGGCGCUCCAAAACUCUGUGAAAUAAAAAAAGCAGAUAAAUAAUCUUCAGAGGAAUCAAAUCAUCCAAACCGAGUCCCAAAAGUCUCUCCUGUUCUCAGCGUCGAUAUUUCUUUUGUUUUAUUUCUCGAUCCAAAACAAACAAACAAAAAUCAGUUUAAUCUUCAGUCCAAAUUAUUUCCAUUUCCACAAAUAAACUCGGAACAUUCUGAUCCAAAUGAUGAGCAAACAGCACAGAGAUAUAAAAACAAGAACACGUGUGUGCUGGCCAACAUGAAGUAUGUGUGUUCUUGUACACUUGUGAGGACCAAACCUCGAUGGACGACCUUCUUUAUGAGGACAUUUUUACACAAUCCCUUAAAUUAGGGGAGGAAUUCGUGACUGAGUGAGAGUGAGAAGGUCGAUCCUCAGAGAAUGUCCGUCAGAUAUCCAACCUAAAACUAACUUCACCGCCGUAUUUACAGGAAAAUAUAUCCAACCUAAAACUAACUUCACCGCCGUAUUUACAGGAAAAUAUAUCCAACCUGAAACUAACUUCACCGCCGUAUUUACAGGAAAAUAUAUCCAACCUGAAACUAACUUCACCGUAUUUACAGGAAAAUAUGUCCAACCUGAAACUAACUUCACCGCCGUAUUUACAGGAAAAUAUAUUCAACCUGAAACUAACUUCACCGCCGUAUUUACAGGAAAAUAUAUCCAACCUGAAACUAACUUCACUGCCGUAUUUACAGCAAAAUAUAUCCAACCUAAAACUAACUUCACCGCCGUAUUUACAGGAAAAUAUAUUCAACCUGAAACUAACUUCACCGCCGUAUUUACAGGAAAAUAUAUCCAACCUAAAACUAACUUCACCGCCGUAUUUACAGGAAAAUAUAUCCAACCUGAAACUAACUUCACCGCCGUAUUUACAGGAAAAUAUAUCCAACCUGAAACUAACUUCACCGCCGUAUUUACAGGAAAAUAUAUCCAACCUGAAACUAACUUCACCGCCGUAUUUACAGGAAAAAAAAAACAUUUGUUGAUUUUUUUUAUUUUUUAUUCACACAUGUGACCCUGAAUACAUUUUCUAAUUCACACACGUCUGUUUUUAGUCGUAAAUGAAAGUGAAACGGUCGCACUGAUACCAUGUCGGAUGUUUGUCGUCGGUCUCACAGAGGGAGUGGAUUUUAAUGUUUAAUGUUUACAGGGUUAGUCAGGUCUUCAUUCAGGACUUCUGUCAGUGUUUUGUUCCUCUUCUGAAGUUUCUUCUCAGUCUCAGACCUUGAUGGACCUCUCUCUCUCUCUGUUGAAGAUGUUCUUGGUCGUGGACGGCGAAGUUCUGAUGAAUAAAACACCGACCUGAGCGCGUCGGUCAGAACGAGGAAACAGAGAACAGUCAUUAACUUUUUACUCUGAUGGGACAUUAUUGUCGCCGUUACAACGCCGCCGCCGCUACUGCAGGAAAUGAGGGUCCACGCCAAGUGUGUUUGUGUGUGUGUGUGUGUGUGAGAGUGUGUGUGACUCGUCCUGUUGCUUUCUGUUGGAGACGUUCGGUUUCAUGCUGCUGCCUCUUCACGCUGCGGCUGAUUGAAGUGCAUGCUGGGAACAAAUCAGUCGAGUGUGUGUGUUUGUGUGUGUAGGUGUGUGUGUGUAUAAGUGUGUGUGUUUGUGUGUGUGUGUUUUGGGGUUUGAUGACAUCAUCAGCAGAGUCAGCGGAGGACGGAGACGAAAAAAAACACAGAUCUAAAAAUAGAAAAGAGACAAAAAGUAGGACGAACAGAAACCUCCACACACCUCCUCCUCUUCAUCACCUCCUCCUGCUCCUCUCAGCUGCUCCUCAUCUGUCCUCAGAUUCUUAGAUGAUCUCCUGAAGAACGUCGAGUUAAUGAUAGAUGUAGAUGUUCGAUGUUAGAUGUUGCUGCAGAUCCUGUUUUGGUCACGUGACGCAGAUUUUGUCCCUGCAGAGAAACAGAAGAUUUCAGAGUUUCCUGAUUUUCUGUUUCAUGAAUAAAACGAGUUCAGAGGAAGAUCGUCUAAACCGCCGUCCCCGGGCUGCAGUGCAUGCUGGUCCUGGUGGUGUGACAGUCGUAUUCGACCUCUGACCUGACGGGAUUAUCCCUGUGGAGCUGCGUGCAGGUGAACCGCAGAUUUAUCAUCGUCAUUUAGUGAAACGCUGCGUCGUCUCGUGUGGAGCAGGAAUAAUCCGGAGAGGAUUUAGAGAAACGACCGAACGUGGAGAUUCAGCGCCGCUCUGAUCGUCGUCCUGUUUUUAUCAGAGUCUGAGAGUCGUCACUGAAACUUUAAUUUUAAUGUUUUUAAACUUUUAACUUUUUCAUCUUUAAGCAGAAAAAGUUUUUUAAUGAAAACCUUUGACUCAGAUUCUCGUCUGAUCGUCUUCGCUGCUGCUCUGCCCGCCGCCUCGUGGUCGCUUCGGUCUAAAGAUGGAGCGGCGUCUUCUCUGCUGCCCCCCUGACGCGGACGUAGACAUAAAACAUGUAGAAACCUCAGUGAAAGUCCUGAUCAGGUCUGUGGAUCUUUGACAGACAGUUCUGGGAUCACAGCAGCGGAUCAGGACUGGAGCCGGGUCUCAGUGGGUCACAUUUAAACACAAUCAUUAUAAAAUUAAACUGAUUAUGAUCCCCGCUGAAGACGGAGGGUCCCCGCCGUCUGAACAGCUGAUUAACCUGCGGGUUACCGACUGUUUCUGACUGAGUCUUUGUUUGUGUUCGCUCAGACUCAGAGUCCGCUCUCUCUCUCUCUCAGACGCAGAAAUAGCAGCAGAGUAAAAAUACAUCUGUGUGGUCGGCGAGCAGAACGCCUCCCAGCUGCUGACACACGCACUGAGCGCGCUCCAAACUCACCUGGACCUGCAGGAGGUCUCUGCAGCGAGCAGGUGGAGGUUUAGCAGGAGACCCCUGAGAUCUGGAGGGACUGUCAGGUCCUGAGUCUGUCUCUGAGUCCAGAAUCCUGGACUAUGAGGAGACCUCCAGCUCUGUUGAAGUUCAGGUUCCAUCAGAACUUCAGGUCCCGGUCCAGCUCAGGGUGGCGUUUGUACGGCGUUGAUCAGACGUCCUGUCGUCUCCCUCGGUCUCCUCUCAGAUCUUCAGUCUGGAAAAUAUCAGAGAAACAACUUUAAACGUUUAGAAGACGCUGUUUUUAUCUUCACCGCGCUCCUCAGGGACUCGGAACGCCACGCCGCCUCUUCGCCGUGUGGUUCCCAUGACAACAGGUAGAGAGUUGCUGCAGGCAGGCGGCGUCUGUUUGGAGGCUAACGGCUCCCCGACGGCCCGUUCACUCUCAGAAGAAGAAGAAGCUGCUCGGAGUUCGACCUGCAGACUCGGGUUCCAGUUUGAGAUCUGAGGGUUUCUCUGCGGCCCGGAAGAACGCCAAAGUUCUGGAACAAACCCGCUGUGUGCCGAGGUCGAAGGCCGCCGCCACUCUGCCUAAAAAAAAACAGAAAUGAAAAGAGAGUUCUGUCCCAGAGUCGAGGAGUGAACUUUUACUUUGAAAGGGUUGAGUUUCCUGUCAAAGCGUAACCACGGCGAUGAGUUCACCUGUGACUCACCUGAGUUAACCCUUUGUGUGUCUGUGUCUCCACAGCACCCCCUUCAGUCCACAUCAUACACUCAGGUCAGGCCUGUAACGUGGAGGAGGAGCGCUACAGCGAGAGAGUCUACACCAUCAGGGAGGGGCAGACCCUGGAGCUGCAGUGUCUGGUGACGGGACACCCCCGACCGCAGGUAACCAUGACAACGCAGCGGAGAACCGCCGACCCGGGAGUUUAGGGGAGUUUAUGAUCGUUGUUGAUUUCACAAUAAAAGUGUUUGAGCUACAGAUCAUUAAAGACUCGACUGCUCAGUGUGAGACGAGUCUUAAUUAACUGUCAAUAUACACACACACACACACACAAACACACGCACACACACACACACACACAAACACAUGCACACACACACACACACACACACACACACACACACACAAACAGCUGUGACAGAGAAUAGACGUGUUACACACUAGAUCUGACUCCGUUUAUGUCCUCUUAAAACAAACACACUUUAGCACUUCAGUCCAGUCCAGUCAGGUCCAGGUUAUUCCAGUCCAGUCUUGUCCAGUCUAGGUUACUCCAGUCAAGUAUAGUCCAGUCCCAUCGAGUCCAGUCUAGUCCAGUCCAUUUCAGUCUAGUCCAGACCAGUCUAUUUCAGUCCAGUCUAAUCCAAUCCGGUCUAAUCCAAUCCAGUCUAGUCCAAUCCAAUUCCACGAGGCCCUUAUAGUCUAUUCCAGUCCACUUUAGUCCAGUCUGGGUUAUUCCAGUCAAGUCUAGUGCAGUCCCGAUGAGUCCAGUCUAGUCUAUUCCAGUCCAGUCUCGUCCACUCUAGUCUCUAAUGUAGUCCAGUCGAGUCUUGUCCAGUCCCAUCGAGUCCAGUCUAGUCUAGUCUAGUCUAGUCUAUUCCAGUCCAGUCCAGUCCAGUUCAGUCUAGUCUAGUCUAGUCUAGUCUAGUCUAGUCUAGUCUAGUCCGGUCCAGUCCAGUCCAGUCCAGUCCAGUUCAGUCUAGUCUAGUCUAGUCUAGUCUAUUCCAGUCCAGUCUAUUCCAGUCCAGUCCAGUCUAGUCUAGUCUAGUCUAGUCGAGUCUUAUUUAGUCUAGUUUAUUCCAGUCUAGUCAUGUCCAGUCUUGUGUAGUUUAGUUAAUAGUAGUUCAGUUCAGCUUAGUCUGGUCUAGUUUAUUGUAUUCUAGUUUAUCUCUUUGUUGUCCAGUCUAGUCUAGUCCAGUUUAGUCCAGUCCGGUCUAGUCUAGUGUCGGGUUUGUCAGAUCUCUCUGUUCAGACUCUCAGUCAGCUGAACUUUGAUCAUGAAUGAUAUUUUUUUUUUUUUUGUAUUUUAAAGUUUUUAAAUCAGAUUUUUUUAAAAGUGUUUUAUCUCCCCCUAAAAACUGCAGACUGCACCUUUAAUCGCCCUGACUGUCAGAGUUGUUUGUUCCUCUCCUGUUUUUGGGUCCUUGAACGCAGCACAGACUGCCGGGUCCUGAUGGGAUUCUGGUCCAGAGGAGGUUUCUCAGGUUUUCUUACCUGACCUCCUGCUGGGUUCAUGAGAAUCUGGACCGGAAUGUUUCAGAAUCUGGACCGGACUCUUCAGAAUCUGGACCGGACUCUUCAGAUUCUGGACCGGACUGUUUCAGAAUCUGGACCGGACUGUUUCAGAAUCUGGACCGGACUGUUUCAGAAUCUGGACCCGUGUUCAAGUGUCAAACAUCUGUAGUGGUGUCUCCACAGCUGAUCAUAUUGAUCAUGAUCAAUAAUCAUUGAAGGUGUUUGAAGGUUUAUUUCUCCUCCUCCUCCUCACCUCCUUCCCUCGCUCGCUCGCUCUCUUACAUUUCCUCCUCCUCUCUCUCUUUCUGCUGUCAGUCUGUGAGGCUAAAAAUAGAGCAGCUGCUGGCACACAGUGUGAAUCUACACACUCGCACACACACACACACACACACACACACACACACACAGUUUCUUUUUUUCAGACUCUCUGCGUCACUGCAGAGCUCAGCUUCCUCUGCAUUUUUCUUUCAUCCCCUCUUCCUCUCCUCCUCCUCCUCCUCCUCCUCCUCUCCUCCUCACCUCUGUCUCAGUUUGUCAUUUUGCUGAAAUUCUGAUUCGUUUUUUUGACGUUAAAAUGACAGAAAUCUGAGUUUUAGUUUUACCUCUGAGAUGAAACAGUGUGAGGUGAACAUGAAGCUUUUAUCUGACAGGAAGGAUUUAGGAUUAUUAUAUUUUAUUUCCUGUUUCCCCCGCUGAGAUGUUCCUGUUAAAGGGAUAAAAUUAAUUUAGGGUCAAACCCACCGUAACACUGAGUUAGACCCCCCCUCCAGAGAUGAAUGUUACCUCAACCAAAACACCACUCUAUAGCCACAAAUAAUGCUCAGAACAGCACCUAACUUCAUCAACAGGACACAUAGGGUCACAGACAUAGUACUAUAUUCAGAGUUGUUCUAACUCAUAAGAAAACAUAAACUUCAGCGGGGGUGUUUUCCACUUCUGUAGUCUAUAAUCUGGGCCAAUAAACUUCUACUGUAGUAAAAUGAAAAGGUAAAGGUGUUUUUAUUGAGCCGAAUUAUCAAUAAAAUCAUGAUUUUGUUAACAGGUAUGAAUUUAUGUGCUGUUGAGUUAAUAUAUUUAAACAAGAGCACAGUAAAGUUAAAUCAGAUAAUUUUCCAAUGAGGUUCUGUUACUGAAUGGAACUACACCAUGUUCUACUCAGGUUAGUACAUAUAGGGUCACAGCCAUAGUACUAGACACCAAACAUCUUUUUAACUUUGACUCAUUUCUUUAGCAAAGAGACUAAACACAACUCACCUACUCUCUUCCAGCAGACGCUUGUUUGUGGAGAGACCUCAGGCCAGUCCAUUACAGACUACAGCGGGGUGCCGCAGCUCAAGGAAGAACAUUUAUGAUCAUUUCUUCAUCAUUUCCUUGAAGUAAUAAUCACCAUAUUAAUCAUUUUACAGACGCGGUAGUUCUUCUGUCUUAGCGUCUCGGUCUGAUUGUAUUUCCAUGAAGAAAUGAUCUUAAAUGUUCUUCCUUGAGCUGCGGCACCCCGCUGUAGUCCCUAAUGGACUGGUCUGAGGUCUCUCUACAAACAAGCGUCUGCUGGAAGAGAGUAGGUGAGUUUACAGCUUCAUGUACUCAGAGUACUGAAGUAUUUUCAGCCUCUGACUUCAAAUCAUCAUCAUAGUAACAAACACACAGAUGUUGGCUCCAGUUUAAAGUGUGAAGUGUAGUACUCAGUGUGUGUGUUUGUGUGUUCAUUAAACAUGGUGGUUGUAGUCUCACUGAUCCAGGGUCUGUUCUCUCUCUCUCUCUCUCUCUCUCUCUCUCUCUCUCUCUCUCUCUCUCUCUCUCUCUCUCUCUCUCUCUCUCUCUCUCUCUCUCUCUCUCUCUCUCUCUCUCUCUCCCUCUCUCUCUCUCUCUCUCCCUCUCUCUCUCUCUCUCCCUCUCUCCCUCUCUCUUUCUCUCUCUCUCUCUCUCUCUCUCUCUCUCUCUCUCUCUCUCUCUCUCUCUCUCUCUCUCUCUCUCUCUCUCUCCCUCUCUCUCUCUCUCUCUCUCUCUCUCCCUCUCUUUCUCUCUCUCUCUCUCUCUCUCUCUCUCUCUCUCUCUCUCUCUCUCUCUCUCUCUCUCUCUCUCUCUCUCUCUCCCCCCCCUCUCUCUCUCUCUCUCUCUCUCUCUCUCUCUCUCUCUCUCUCCCUCUCUCCCUCUCUCUCUCUCUCUCUCUCUCUCUCUCUCUCUCUCUCUCUCUCUCUCUCUCUCUCUCUCUCUCUCUCUCUCUCUCUCUCUCUCUCUCUCUCUCCCUCUCUCUCUCUCCCCCCUCUCUCUCUCUCUCUCUCUCUCUCUCUCUCUCUCUCUCUCUCUCUCUCUCUCUCUCUCUCUCUCUCUCUCUCUCUCUCUCUCUCUCUCUCUCUCUCUCUCUCUCUCUCUCUCUCUCUCUCUCUCUCUCUCUCUCUCUCUCUCUCUCUCUCUCUCCCUCUCUCUCUCUCUCUCUCUCUCUCUCUCUCUCUCUCUCUCUCUCUCUCUCUCUCUCUCUCUCUCUCUCUCUCUCUCUCUCUCUCUCUCUCAGAGUAUUUUUAGCUCUGUAGUCGUUCGUCAGUUCGUUGGUUCGAGGCGGUUAACCGUCUGUCUGCUCCACAGACGAUUGAAACUCCGCCUCACUCCAGCUGGCAGCGGGCGAUCGACAUGUGGGAGGACUGUACUAUGGGGGGGGCAGAAAGAGAGAGAGAGAGAGAGAGAUGGAGGACAGAGGUUUGGUUUUAGAGUCAACAUCACAACAUCUGUCCAAUAUUUACGAUUCAAUCAUCAAUAAUCAAUAAUCAAUAAUCCUUCGUGACGUACAGUCUAAAGACCUGAAAAGACCUGUGGAGGAACAGCUGAUACUGAUUCUGAACAGCAGCAAUUUUCGCCGUCCGACAAAAUUCGGAACGUUAAGAACUUAGUCCAGUUCUCCUUCUGGUCUUUGUCUUAAACCUGAAAGUUGUUCCAGAUGUUGACGAGAUUAAAACGUUUAAAUCUACGAUCGAACACAGAGGAGAAUAUUUUUAUUUUACUGACAUUUAAAAUCAGAAACUAAGAAUCUGAGCAGAGGUUUAAUUAGAUUAUUUUCUUAUUCAGAUUAAAAAACGAUAAUUUAGUGGUUUAAAAAGGGGGGGGGGGGCAGAGAGGGACAGAUGGACAGAGAGAGGAGGAUGAAGAUGUAACGAUGGAGGAGAGGAAGAGAUGGAGCAGGUGGGAGAGAGGGAGGGAACACUGACCAACAGAUGCUGAUGAGGACAGAUCUGGACCACACACACACACACACACACACACACACACACACACACACACACACACACACACACACACACACACACACACACACACACACACACAGUGGAGUUAAUCUGCAGCAGGGUAAUACACUCUGGCAUCGAACUAAAGACUCCUGUUAAACAAUCUAACACACACAAACACACAUUUACACACACACACACAACUACACACACACACACACAACUACACAAACACACACAGCUGAUGAAAACAUCUCUGUGUUUUUAUAUUUGAGUUUUUUUUGCUGAAGUUAAAUUUUGUUUGAAGAACUUUGAAAAAAAUCUGAAAACAUGAAAGUCUCUUGGACUGGUCUGGACUGGUCUUAAAGGUCUGGUCUUAAAGGUCUGGUCUGGUCUGGUCUGGUCUGGUCUGGUCUUAAAGGUCUGGUCUGGUCUGGUCUGGUCCUGACUGAACUGGUCUUAAAGGUCUGGUCUUAAAGGUCUGUUCUGGUCUGGUCUGGUCUGGUCUUAAAGGUCUGGUCUGGUCUGGUCUGGUCCUGACUGAACUGGUCUUAAUGGUCUGAUCUGGUCUGGUCUGGUCUGGUCUAGUCUGGUCUGGUCCUGACUGAACUGGUCUUAAAGGUCUGGUCUGGUCUGGUCUGGUCCUGACUGAACUGGUCUUAAAGGUCUGGUCUUAAAGGUCUGGUCUGGUCUGGUCCUGACUGAACUGGUCUUAAAGGUCUGGUCUAGUCUGGUCUGGUCCUGACUGAAGUGGUCUUAAUGGUCUGGUCUUCUUCCCGCAGAUCCGUUGGACGAAGACGGCGGGCGGAGCUUCAGACCGUCCCGGUGACGCCGCUACAAACAACGACACUCUGAAGAUCGAAAGAAUCACUCGCCACCAGGGGGGGCGCUACUACUGCAAGGCUGACAACGGACUGGGGUCUCCGGCCAUCCGCUCCAUCAGGGUCGACGUGUACUGUAAGGACACGCACACACACACACACACACACACACACACACACCAUCAACACAAACAUGAGAUGGUUCCUCCCUCUGUGGAGACGUCCGCUCCUCCUCCUCCUCCUCCUCCUCCUCCUCUUCUUCUUCUUCUCUGAUGAUAUUUCCAGUAAAGCCAAACGAUCGUUCCUCUGGCGUCUCUUCACGGAGACGUCCCUCGUGGUCGCUCAGAGGGAAACAGUAUCUGCUCCUCGCCGUUUUUGUGUAACAGCCCAAAUCUCCUGGAGGACGUUUCUUACCGGGUUUUAAGUGGAACCUGAACGCACCGCGGCUGAGUGCUGCCUUCAGGGCACCGAGGCUUUUACACGAAAUAAACCAGGAACUCUUUAGCACGCAGUGACUCAGCGGGCCCCAGUGCAUGAUGGGAGAUAGUUAUGGCCGUUAUACUUUGAGUCACAGCAGCCUCUGAUUGGUUCCCUGAAUGUGUUUCCGGCCAAUGAGAAGCCGGGGUUAACAGACUUUGACCUCCUUUUCUCCUCCUCUUCCUCCUCAGACCUGGACGACCCCCUGAUCACGGUCCAUCAGAGCGUGGGCGAGUCCAAGGAGCAGUUCUACUUUGAGCGGACCGUGUUCCUCCGCUGCGUGGCCAACUCCAACCCCCCCGUCCACUACACCUGGAGGAGGGGCCGCGAGGUGCUGACGCAGGGCUCCGACUCCGGCGUGGAGAUCUACGAGCCGUUCUUCACACAGGUAACAAAAAAACUGAUCUUCUUCUUCCACUGCUUCACAGAUCCGGACUGUUCGGUUCUGGAGCGGCUCUAACUGAUCCGGUUCUACAUGAACGACCCGCCUGACCGGGCCGAGGUUCGAUCUGAGGUCUUCAGGUCUACACUCUAAUGAUCCCAGUGUGUCAUAUUCACACGAUGAGGAGGACAGGAGGAGCUGGAGAACCUCCUGGAUCAGUGGGUGUGUAGAGACCUGGUUCUGGAUCAGGUUCAGGUUCUGGAUGUGAUUCUGGCUCAGCUGCUCAUGGAGAUAAAGUCAGGUUUAAAAAUAACGUCGGUCUCUGGAGUUUCUUCUCUGAUUUCUCCUCCAAACCUGUCCUGGUGGCGCUCUGGAGAUCUGAGCGUCUCUUUGAUUCAUCUCCAGGUUCCUCAUUGGUUGGUUGAGUGUUUGAUUCGUUUCCAGGUUCCUGAUUGGCUGGCUGAGCGUUUGUCUUUCCAGCCGUGAGACCGUCAAACAGAAGAAACUCUUUCUUCACUCCGUGUGUCCCUGGAGCUCCUCGUCCUGCUGAAGCUCCAUCAGUGAGAACGUCUGAAGUCUGACUCUGACUCUCCGUGUGAGUCCUCCUGGAGAUCUUUGGUUGGGAUUGAGGUUCUGUUCAUCAGCCAGAAGAACCGUUUUGAGUUUGUGACAGGUUUCCACAGCCGCAGGUUUCAGUUUCUGUUUGAAGACCUCUGAGACUGGAGGAUGGAGAUACCAUGAUGGUGAGGAGAAGUUCAUGGGGUCCAUCUUGAUCCACGUGUUCAUGACUCAGACCGCGGAGAUGUAGCAGGUUGAAUUUAUAAUGAAUGUCCUGAGAUUAAUAAUCAAUUAUUAUUUAUUAUAAAUUCAAAUCACUCGAUAUUAUUUUGGUGCCCCGUGUGAGGUAUUCAUGUUUAUCUCGAUGAUCAGUGAUGGAGUCGGUUUGAAGGUCAUAAAAACUCCGCCUCUGUUCUCUGAAUUGACCAAUCGUGAAGAGGCAGAGGUUUAGGUCAACCUCCAGCCGGGUCAGUUGAAUGACCUGAAAGUCCAAACAAGUCUGGAAACAUUUAUAUGAACCUGAGUCCUGGACCAGAUGAGGAACCUCCAGAACCUUCAGAGGAGAAGUCCACGUGUUUGAGGGAUCAGGUGACCUUCAGCUGUGUGAUGUUGAUGGUUUUAACAGUUAAAGGGAUAUUCCGGCUUAAAAUUAAUUUAUUGUUAGAGUUAGACCCCGCCCCCUCCAGAGAUGAAUGUUGCCGACCGCUUGCUUCUCUAGUUAUACCAACUUUAGUAACGACCGCAGGAUAGUAAUACAGAGAGCCACGCCCUCAACCAAAACGCCACUCUAUAGCCACAAAUAAUGCUCAGAACAGCACCUAACUUCAUCAACAGGACAUAGAGGGUCACAGACAUAGUACUAUAUUCAGAGUUGUUCUCACUUCUGAGAAAACAAACUUAAGCGGGGGCGUUUCUCCACCUCUGUAGUCUAUAAACUGGGCCAAUAAACUUCUACUGUAGUAAAAUGAAAAGGUAAAGGUGUUUUUAUUGAGCCGAAUUAUCAAUAAAAUCAUGAUUUUGUUAACAGGUAUGGAUUUAUGUGCUGUCGAGUUAAUAUAUUUGAACAAGAGCACAGUAAAGUUAAAUCAGCUAAUUUUCCAAUGAGAUUCUGUUACUGAACGGAACUACACCAUGUUCUACUGACGUUAGUACAUACAGGGUCACAGACAUAGUACUAGACACCAAACAUCUUUUUAACUUUGACUCAUUUCUUUAGCAAAGAGACUAAACACAACUUACCUACUCUCUUCCAGCAGACGCUUGUUUGUAGAGAGACCUCAGGCCAGUCCAUUACAGACUACAGUGGGGUGCCGCAGCUCAAGGAAGAACAUUUAUGAUCAUUUCUUUAUCAUUUCCUUGAAGUAAUAAUCACCAUAUUAAUCAUUUUACAGACGCGGUAGUUCUUCUGCGUCUCGGUCUGAUUGUAUUUCCAUGAAGACAUGAUCUCGACUUUCUUACACAAAAUUUUGUGCGCCUGAUAAUAUCUUGUCCGUCUGUUUUUCAGCUGAUUUCUUGACUGGUUUUUUAUCUUGUUCUUCUAUGAUCUUGAUUUUCUCAUCGUCACAUUUAAACGUCUUGUUUUUAGGAUUUUAUGGUCGUUGAAAAAUGUCGAUAUCUUGUCGGUAUAAGUAACUCGCGCAGAUCUUGAUCUCUUCCUCUCGCUGACGUUGGUGCGAGUUCACACCUGCUCACAUCUGUCUCUGUUCGCUCCUUUCUGAUUGGUCGAUUUCUCAGACUCUCAUCACAACAGCGGCCUGAUUAUCCUCCUCCUCCUGGUUCUUCCUCUCUCCCUCUUUCUGGUUUUGUUUUUGUUUGGAUCAGCUGGCCUGGCGGUGACCCUGUAACACAACGGCCCAGAUCUCAUCCACGCCAGAUCUGAACAGUGUUGACUCGAGAACUGCCGCGCUCCUCCUCACAGGCAGUAAUGAGGAAGUUAUCUUCUCCUCCUCCUCCUCAUUGGUCAGAAAAUUGGCCGCCAUCUUUGCACAAACACCCAUUUAAAUGUCAUCUAAUCUCAUCUCAUCUGUCUGUGAGGCGGGAGGCGGCGCCGAGGCUGCCAGAGGAGAUAACGGAGAUUUGGCAGCGUGGUUAAGACGUGAGGAAGAGGAGGAGGAGGAGGAGGAGGAGGAGGAGGAGGAGGAAAAGAGAGGGGGAGGGGCUGGGAUUGAUCAGCUGUUUUUUUUUUUUUUAGUUUGGUUCAAUAAUCUGGGAUUAAAAAGCAGCAAAAUCUCACUGCUGGAUUUUAGAUCCAAGACUUCAUUUUCAUUUGUACGGAGGCCCAGAGGAGGACAAAAGAAAUCACUGAAAACCUGAAUUUACCUUAAAGAGUUUAAAUAUUAAACAACGUUAAAACUGUGAAAUAAAUUUAUUAAAAAACGUUUCACAGGAUUUAUAAAAAAACAGUCUGAGGAUAAUUCUGGAUUUACAUGUGUGUGUGUUUAUGUGUGUGUGUGUGUCUGUGUUUAUUUCAGGGCGAGACGAAGAUCCUAAAACUGAAAAAUCUCCGUCCUCAGGAUUACGCCGACUACACCUGCAUCUCGUCCGUCAGGAACGUCUGCGGCAUCGGAGACAAGAGCGCCCACUUUGUUCUGAGCAACAAGACCGGUAACACGCACACACACACACACACACACAAACACACACACACACACACACACACACGCGUACACUAAAACAGGUCCAUGUGGGGACUCUCCUCUGAACUGUCCUCACGGGGACGUUUCAGAGUCAUUACAGCGCUAACAUAAAAACUCACUGAAGACUCUUUAAGUUGUUUAAGAAACUUUAAAAAUGUAAAAGAUUCUCGGAAGAACUUCUUUUUUUCAUUUGGCGCCCCCUGUGGACAAAGUGGUUCCUCUCAGUCUUGGCUCACUUUAAAACUUUUACUUAAUCCCUGUAAAAUUUUGACCACUUUCCUUAAUCUCUAAAAAUUUUUUUCUUUAUAAUGAUUUAGUUCUAAUAUUAUAACUUCCCUGCGGCUUUAUUACCGUAAAAAUUCAACCUUAUUUAUUCUCCCUAACUUUGAUUCUACCAGGACUCUUAAUCCCUCUUAAAUUUCUGCUUUUCUGAGACUUUAUUGCUGUCGGAUUAGGACUUAAUUCUUGUUCCUGAUUUUAAAGAACUUUUUUUUCUUUUUUGUGUCGCUGAUUCUCGCUCUUAUUAAAUAAAACAGAAUUAAAUAAAAAAGUUCCUCCUGAAUCAAAGUUUUCACUCUGAACAUAAAAAGUCGUGUUCAGUUAAAAAAGUCGAAUUUUAAACCGUUGUGUUUGUUUUUGUUUUGAUGACUCAUGAGUUGUUUCCUCGGUCCUGUCAGAGUCGUGCGUCCAUCCUCAGAUAAAGCGCCGCGUAGAUUUGAUGUUCUCUCUCCGUGUGAGGUUUUUAAUCCGCCGGGUACCUGGGCACGUUCAGUGGGAUGAAUGUAAAUCAUAAAUAAAUCAUCGCUCUGCUGCGCUCUGACUGCGGCUCUCUGACCUGUACUGUAGAUCCUGCCGCCCCGCCCCAGGGGCUGAUGGGAUUUACAUGAUGUCAGCUUAACGGAGGUCGACUCAGCUAUUUUUAUCUCCCUCAUUAUUAUUUCUGCGUUUAACUCUUUUUUUUCUGCGGCGUGCAGCGGCGGCGGCGUCCUGCAGCUGGUGCAGCGGUGAGUCGCUCUGCAGCUUUUCUUUCUGCAGGACAGGAAGCUUUUAUUCUCCGCUGCAGGAAAGAGAUCACUCUGGAUUAUUCACACAUGACGGGUCAUUUAAAAAAACCUUUCAGAGCAUAAUUCACAUUUAUGGGACUCUCUGAAAUAUCCCAUCAUGCCCCUGUGCAUGAGCCCCGCAGACACGAGGAACUUCCAGGAACCGCGUUGGAGUGUGAGUCUUUUUCCAGCGAAACAUUUACAAACUUUAAUCUGCCUUAAAUAUUAAUGACCGCUGUGCUCUUCUUUUACAGUCACAUAAACUCUCAUCAGUUAAUCAGAGUUUGAUCCCAGAAACUUUAAAGAGGAUUAAGAGACACUUUGAUUCAGCGUUCGCCUCUUUAAACUCUGAAAACAGACCCCAGAUCAGACACGACAAAUAUCCACUCACAGAGUCAGAACAAGUUUAAUUAAAUCAGCUCAUCACAAUCUACGCAACAGUGGGUUUAAGAUAUAUACAUAUAUACAUAUAUAGAUAUAAACGAAUCAAACUCUCUGAUCCGAAACACUUUAAAAUGAAAACCUGUCCUGACACUUUUACUCACUUCAACUUUAUUAUGUCCCAAAAACGGGUGAAUCAGGUCGCAGCAGCACAGAUAUUUAAAACACUGACAUACAUCAUAAAAAUAAAUAAUUAAAAUGAAUUGAUUGGUCUGCCUCCAGGACAGCAGGUGGUGACAGACCCCCUUUCAGCUCAUUACUGCGUUGUCAUUGGCUGAUUACAAAACAUGUUAGCGAUUGGCUGAUGUGAUGAAGACAGCAUCACCGUCUCAGCUCUGAGUUUACCGUCCAGCUUCCUGGAAACACAUUUUUGUUAUUCAGGUUCAGGGGCCAGAGCCUGACUGGUGAACUCCUGAGCAUGCUCAGAACGCUCGGGCAUUUUCAGAGUCAGUCUGGAUCAGAGCGAACUCUUUCUCUCUCUCUCUCUCUCUCUCUGGUUUGGAGCUAAAUCAAACUAAAUCAGUUUAUUUUCUCGUCGCUGAGACUCUUCAGGUUUUCCGGAUUCAUUCAUGAACAGAUCUCACUCAUUAUUCAUCAGCUGCAGCCUCGGCGCUGUGACCAAAGUAGUGUUUUGUGUUUGAAUGUAUAAUGAAUGAAGCUCCUCCUCUGUGUCCGUGGAGGAGCUCCAACAACUUCAGGAGUUUAGACUUUGACACCCGAAUCCUUCGUCUGGAUAAAAACACCGACACCUGCUCUGAGCCGACUUCACUUCACCGCCACAGAUCUGCUCGUCAAACAGAAUAUAUAAGAAUAACAUAAAAACAGACUUUUGAUGUGAAAACUGUCCAAUCACGACUCAGGAACGUUUGUCUGCUCUCCUCUUUCCACGCCUCAGCUCCUCCCUCCAUAAAACUCCUCCUGGACGACCCCCUGGUGGUGAAUCAUGGCGAGACCAUCACUCUGGUGUGCGUGGCGUCGGGGGGAGACCCUCCUCCCUCCCUGCAGUGGAUGAGGCCGGGAGGGGAGGAGCUUCCGAAGAGGAGCAUCGUGAAGGCGGGGACGCUGACCAUCCCCGGCGUCACCAUUGACGAGGGCGGGCCUUACACCUGCGUGGCGUCGAACAACGUGGGAAACCCCGCCAAGAAAACCGCCAACUUACUGGUCAGAGGUAAGAGAGAGGACCUUAAAACCUGAACCGAACAUGGACCUGCAGCCGGUCCUGAUUUUAUAUGAGGGUUUAACCUCUGAGGACCUCCUGAGGUUCAGAGUCGCUCAGAUUCAGACAAAGUGAUUCGUCUGAGGAGAGCAGAGAACGAAAAAAACUCCAGACACUUUUGAGUUUAUAGAAACACUCUUUGUUCACGACACGGCGGUGUCGCAGUUUUUCCAGGCAGGGUUGUUUUCAUGUUUUCAUUUUUUAAGUGUUGCGUUUUUUUGCAGUUUUGCAGUGAUGUUAUUCUUUUUGCAGUGUUGCAGGUAUUUAUUUAUUUAUUUAUUUUUCCAGUGUUGCGGUGUUACCAUGAUGCAGUGUUGCGUUUUUUUUAGUUGCUGUUUUGCAGUGUUGUAGUUUUGUUGUUUUUGUUGUUGCAGUUUGCAGUGUUGCGGUGUUUCUGUGUUGCAGUGUUUUUUUUUUGUUGUUGCAGUGUUGCAUUUACUGAUUUUUUUAUUUUACAGUGUUGCCUUUUUUUGCAGUUUUGCAGUAUCGCAGUGUUGCCGUGUCGCAGUUUUGCGAUGUUGCAUUUUUUUAUUCUUUUUUCUUUUCUCCAGUGUUGUGGUGUUGCCAUGUUGCAUUUUUUUUCUUAUUUUUUUGGGGGGGAGUGUUGCCUUGUUGCAGUAUUGCAGUGUUGCGGUUUCCUUUUUUUGCAGUUUUGCGGAAUUGCAGUGUUGCAUUUUAAAAUUAUUUUUUCUAUUCUUUUUUCAAUGUUGCAGUGUUACCUUGUUGCGGUUUUGCAGUGUUGCAUUUUUUUUUUUUUUGCAGUUUUGCAGUGUUAGGGAAUUGCAGUGUUGCAGUUUUUUGCAGUUUUUUGCGGUGUUGCGUUUUAAAAUUAUUUUUUCUUUUCUUUUUUCUUUUUUCAGUGUUGCAGUGUUACCUUGUUGCGAUAUUGCAUUGUUGCAGUUUCUUUUUUUUUUGCAGUGUUGCCGUCCUCUGUGCGGUCCUCUGUGCGGUCCUCUGUGCGUCCCCCUCGCUCUGAAGUUUUCUCUCUUUCCCGCUCGUUUCUUUAAUGAUGUGAAUCUCGGUGAAAAUGCAACAGCUGCAUGUUUCUCGGUAUUUGAAGUAUUGGGCUCGUCUCUGGGGACCGGCGUUCCUCUGGGAUCCGGUUGUUGCUCUGAUGGUUGCCGACCUGUUGAAAGGUGUUUUCUCCGCCUUUGUGUGUCUCUGUGUUUAUAGGAUUCUCGCCGUGUUCAGGUGAGUCUCCAGCUUUAAACCCUGCAGGUACAAAGACACUCACGCUCGCUCACACACUCGUGUCUGUAGUUGUUGUUCUGAAUGAACAAGCUGCUGCAGAAAAGACCAGAAUAGAUCCGACUCAAACGGAGCGUUUAUCAGCCGGUGUGCAGACGCUAAGCUCCCUCAGAGCUUCAGUCUUUUUAAAUCCAACCCUCCUCCUCCUCCUCCUCCUCCUCCUCCUCCUCCCUGCUGUGUCAUGAUGAAGAGUCCUGAACAUCAUCAGCACUUUGUGGACUUUUGAUGAUUCGUCCUGUAAGGACUCUGAGAGGAGGAGGAGGAGGAGGAGAAAGUCAGCGGAGAGUGAUAAAGGACAGUCAGGUUCAGCAGAACUGAAGGAUUGAAGUUCAGACACUUUAAAUACUUUAAAUACUUUAAACAGUUUUUACUAAAGUUUAUUUUAUUUAAUCGAACUGAAAGAUUUUCUGAAGGGUCACGUUAGAAAAUACAGAAAUAAUUUCAGUAUUUACCUCGAUAUAAAACGAGUUUAUUUUGAAACUGUCUGCUCCAAACAGGUUUAACUGUUUAAAUUUAUAAUAAAUGUCUUAAGAUUAAUGAUCUUGAACUGUGACAUUUAUUCUAAUUUUAAAUAGUUAAAUGUUAUUUUGGUGCCCCGUGUGAGGCAUCCAUGUUUAUUUAGAUGUUCAGUGAUGGAGUCGGUUUGAAAGGUCAUAAAAACUCCGCCUCUGUUCUCCGAAUCGACCAAUCGUGAAGAGGCAGAAGAUAACCCCUGAUCUCCAACGCUGGAAAGGAAGUCGAAGACGCAGCAUCUAUGAUUUCUAAUUCUUUGUUGAAAGGACAGUUGACCUUUUAAACAAGCUGACUCUUCUGAUAGGCUCUCUGUCGCCCCCCUCAGGACAGAUCUAGUUUUGUUUCCGUUAAAGUUUUUCUUUGUAAACUUUAAAACGAUAAAACGGUGUCCUGUUUUUAACAUGGAGCUCUAUGAGGACUGACUCACUGAGAGACACAGCCCCUGGUGGAUAUUUAGGGAACUGCAGUCUUUGUACUUCCAUGUAGCCUUGGUCUUGAGCCCUGGUGGGUUGAAGCGGUCUCCUCACAGACCAGAUCCUGAGUUAGAGUGACUCACUGAGACAGACUCCCUCUGCUGCUAAGCUAGGCUAACACUCAGAGGUGUGAAAAUUUCGUACUGUCCCUUUAACUCCAGUUUGUCUCCUCAUUGUGUUUCCCUCCUCUGUCUGCUGCGUUUUAUUCAUACGCAUGACUCACCUCUGUGUGUGUGUGUGUGUGUGUGUGUGUGUGUGUGUGUGUGUGUGUGUGUGUGAGAGCUGCUGACCCUGCAGCCUGUCAGCUCGACUCCCUCCUCCUAACUUAUUUAACUCCCAUCAUGCACCUCUCUCGCUCUCUCUCUCUGUCAUAUUAGUUAGUAGUCUCUCUCUCUCAGGCAGCCAGUGCUCCCAGUCUGACACACACACACACACACACACACACACACACACACACGACUGCUAAUGGACCCUGUGUGUGUGUGUGUGUGUGUGUGUGUGUGUGUGUGUGUUAUUCUAAUGGACAGAGGAGGUGUAUGAGGAGCCUGGAGGUCUGUGAGGAAGAGGAGGAGAGAGAGGAGUAGAAAUAAAUCAGGAGGAGGAAGAGGUGAUAAAAAGGUCAGAGGAAGAGGAGGAGGUGAGGAGGAGGAGGUGAUGAAGGGUGAGGAGGAGAGGAUGAUGACAGGGGAAGAGAGAGGAGGAGGUGAUGCAAGAAAACAGAGAAAUGAAAGAGGAGGAGGAGGGACAGAGGAAGGAGAGGAGGAAGAAAGGAGAUAAGGAGAUGAGAAGGAAGGAGAGAAGGAGAGAAGGAACAAAGGAGAUAAGGAGAAAGGAGAGAAGGAAGAGAGGAGAUGAGAAGAUGAGGAGGAAGAAGAGAAGGAAGAGCGGAAAUAAGGAGGAUGGACAGUUCACCAAAAUAAGAGCACCUUUAGUUUAAACUGAGCCACUUAGUUCACCAAAAUAAGAGCGCCUUUUAAUUUUAACUCAGAUCACCAAAAUAAAAGCGUCUUGAAUGAAGACCCUAAGUACACCAAAAUAAAAGUAACUUUAAUUAAAACUAAGCUCCUCAGUUCACCAAAAUAAGAGCACCUUAAAUUUAAACUGACCUUCACCAAAAUAAGAGCACCUUUAGUUUAAACUGAGCCACUUAUGUCACCAAACUAAGAGUGUUAUUAUUUCAAACUAAGCCGCUCAGUAAGAGCGCCUUCAAAUCUGAGCUGCUCAGUUCACCAAAAUAAGAGCACCUUUAGUUUGAACUGAGCCACUUAUGUCACCAAAAUAAGAGCGUUUUUAAUUCAAACUAAGAUGCUCAGUUCACCAAAAUAAAAGUCCCUUUUAUAAACAGGUUAGAUCAGCAGGUCCAGUGAGAGAGACGAAGAUGAGGAGAAGAAAUCAGUGUGAAGACGACUCAUCUCUGACUCCACUGUAGGUGUGUGUGUGUGUGUGUGUGUGUGUGUGUGUGUGAGAGACUCUGAUCUUUUUUGGUACACACCUGCGCUCGUGUGCAGAAAGGUGUUGUGGGUCCUGCGGGUCAGCGGAGCUUUUUCUGGAGCUUUCAGCCUCGUACAAAGACCAGUUUCUGUUCUAGUACUACAGCGUGCUGACAGAGCUGGAGCGCCGCCAACCCGUGUGUGUGUGUGUGUGUGUGUGAGUGUGUGUGUGUGUGUGUGUGUGUGUGUGUGAGAGUGUGCAGUGCCUGCCUCCACCUCCAGUUAUGCAACAGACCUUUUACUGACGCAGUGAAACGCUCACACACACACUUACACACACACGUUUACACACACACUCUCACACACACACACACACACACACACACACACACUCUCACACACACACUCGUUUACACACACACACACACUCGUUUACACACACACACACACACACACUCACAGGGUUUUUGUUUUGAGGCGUUCUUGCUUUAAUCUUAAUGAACAAGGACAAUCAGCUGCUCGCCUCACGGAGUACGACUAUUAAUAGACCCACACACACACACACACACACACACACACACACACACACUAGUUUACACACACACACACACACACACACACACACACUCAGAUAUCUGGGAUUCGAACCGCAGCCUCUGAGUGUGUGUGGCGCAGAAACGGAGGCGCACACGUUCGGCGGUGUCAGUUUUUGUUUCCAGAAACCUUCGCCGCUGCAGAUCUGUGACGCCGGUUUCUUGGAACGCCGUCAGAGACUCUGAGUCUGAUGACGCAUCGUUGUUUGACGCUCAGGUUGAACGUUCACCGUCACCUCUGCUGUGACCUCUGACCUUUACUCCUUCUAAGGAUGUUUCAGUUAGUCUGUUAAACGGAGAGAUUUAUGAAGCAGAAACAGGAGAGCUGACCUUCACACUGAGCUGACAGGAAGCUGCGGGUUUGACGGCGUGGCGUGGUCGUGAGCGUGCUCAGAGGAGGUUAAGUGAUGGCGGCGGAGGAAGAGGAGCAGCUGGUGGAUGUUGAACAGUUGGAGGAUUAAAGCCGACAAACGGCCUCAGUCAUAAUUAAGCCUCAUUUGGACGGAUUAGUUUCUCCACAGCAGGACGAGUUUCUGUAAUCGUCCAAAAACCAGAGGAGCGACGCUCAGAUGUCGUGUUUGACGAGUUCUGCUCAUGUCGGGUCGACCCGCUUCAUCUUCAGAACCGCCUUUGUUUCUCUGAGGUCCGAAAAAACAGAGAGAGUCAGAGUGAAAACAGAACCAGAGAGUUCUGAGGUCCAGAGUUUACCAGGGUUCAUGUGUUCAUCCAAGAUCUACGGAGGAGGGUGAUCUAACUGAUACGGAUCUAUGUAACACAGAUCUAACUGAUACAGAUCUAUGUAACACAGAUCUAACUGAUACAGAUCUAUGUAACAUAGAUCUAACUGACAUAGAUCUAACUGACACAGAUCUAUGUAACACAGAUCUAACUGACAUAGAUCUAUGUAACACAGAUCUAACUGACAUAGAUCUAUGUAACAUAGAUCUAACUGACAUAGAUCUAACUAACACAGAUCUAACUGACAUAGAUCUAACUGAUACAGAUCUAUGUAACACAGAUCUAACUGACAUAGAUCUAACUGAUACAGAUCUAUGUAACACAGAUCUAACUGACACAGAUCUAACUGACAUAGAUCUAACUGACAUAGAUCUAACUAACAGAUCUAACUGACAUAGAUCUAACUGACACAGAUCUAUCUAACAUAGAUCUAACUGACACAGAUCUAACUAACAUAGAUCUAACUGACAUAGAUCUAACUGACACAGAUCUAUCUAACAUAGAUCUAACUGACACAGAUCUAACUAACAUAGAUCUAACUGACAUAGAUCUAACUGACACAGAUCUAACUAACAUAGAUCUAUCUAACACAGCUCUAACUAACACAGAUCUAACUGACAUAGAUCUAACUGACAUAGAUCUAACUAACAUAGAUCUAACUAUCAUAGAUCUAGCUGACACAGAUCUAACUAACAUAGAUCUAUCUAACAUAGAUCUAACUAACAUAGAUCUAACUGACUCAGAUCCGUAGACCUGAACCCUGACCUCCUGUCCCCUCUCCUCCUGCAGGUCUUCGUAAAGGUCGGUUCUGGAUCACUCCGGACCCGUACCACAACGACGACAACAUCCAGAUCGGCCGCGAGGUGAAGAUCAGCUGUCAGGUGGAGGCCACGCCCCCUGAGGAGCUGCAGUUCAGUUGGCUGAAGAACGGGCGUCCUCUGAGGAGCUCCGAGCGGAUGGUCAUCACCCACACCGACACCGAGGUCUCACCUGGAACCACCAACCUGGACAUCAUCGACCUCAAGUUCACCGACUUCGGCACCUACACCUGCGUGGCGUCGCUGAGGAACGGCGGGAGCCCCGAGAUCAGCAUCGACGUCAACAUCUCAUCCACCACAGGUGAGCUGGGCAGGGGGCGGGGCUUCUACAGGUGAAUCAGGAAGGGGGCGGGGCUUCUACAGGUGAGUCAGGCAGGGGGAGGGGCUUCUACAGGUGAGUCAGGCAGGGGGAGGGGCUUCUACAGGUGAAUCAUACAGGGGGAGGGGCUUCUACAGGUGAGUCAGGCAGGGGGAGGGGCUUCUACAUGUGAGUCAGGCAGGGGAUGGGGCUUCUACAGGUGUAUCAAGCAGGGGGCGGGGCUUCUAUAGGUGAGUCAGGAAGGGGGCGGGGCUUCUACAGGUGAGUCAGGCGGAGGGCGGGGCUUCUAUAGGUGAGUCAGGCAGGGGGUGGGGCUUCUACAGGUGAGUCAGGCGGAGGGCGGGGCUUCUACAGGUGAGUCAGGCAGGGGGUGGGGCUUCUACAGGUGAGUCAGACAGGGGGCGGGGCUUCUACAGGUGAGUCAGGCAGGGGGCGGGGCUUCUACAGGUGAGUCAGGCAGGGGGCGGGGCUUCUACAGGUGAGUCAGACAGGGGGAGGGGCUUCUACAGGUGAGUCAGGCAGGGGGAGGGGCUUCUACAGGUGAGUCAGGCAGGGGGCGGGGCUUGUACUGACCCAGAGUUUAUCAGAGACAUGCUGGAGAAGAUGGAGAGACUUUACUGGAUUAGAACAGAACUUCAGGUUCUUCAAACGCUGAGGUGUCACCAUCAGAGGAUAGACCGCCGUCUGAGGAUAGACCGCCAUCAGAGGAUAGACCGCCGUCAGAGGAUAGACCACAGAUCUAAAAACAGAAGAACUUCUUAUUUUCCUCAGAAAACAGAAACUCUUCCUGAAAGUCCUGGACCUGCAGGAGGAGAUCUGGUCCUGCUCGGUCCCUGUAACAGCAGGACUCUGCAGCAGCACCUGCACUCCUUCUUCUCCUCCUCCUCCUCCUCCUUCUUCUUCUGAAAACCCCGUGGCGUUCAGGCUCCGUAGGAAUCGGCGGUUUUCUCUCUUUCUGCAGAGAAGAACACAAACAGAACUUUUCCUUCUGAUCCACGUCAUGCAGACGAGCGUCUGCUGGCGGCGGCUGACUUCCUGUUUGUUUGUGACCUUGGCAGAUGGAAGGAAACAGUCAGAGCGCCUGGGAGGAGGAGGAGGAGGAGGAGGAGGAGGAGGAGGAGGGGGUGAUGGAGGAGAGGAAGUAAAGAGUUUUUAAUGGAGGCGUCGCUGCAGCCUGAACGCCCGCUGACGGAUGUUUCGUGUUGAAGCAGAAGGUCGAGCUCGGGGUCGCUCCCAUAAGGAGAAUAAAUGUUAGAACAGGCAACACACACACACACACACAUAAAAACACACACACACACACACUCACACACACACACACACACACACACACACACAGCAGCUCUCACAGUGCUUUUAAAUGAAGGACAAACUCCACAUCAGUCCUCCUCCUCCUCCUCCUCCUCCUCCUCCUCCUCCUCCUCCUCACUGCGUCUCCUCUCUGAACUCCUUUAAAUAGAAACACUUGAUAUUCUGACCGCUCUGACCUUUGACCUCUGAGCCUCCAGACUGCUGACUCUGGGGACGCCGGGCCACAGAUGAAGACGCCUCCUUGAACCCGGAUCAUUAAAGACUCAAUGACCCUUGACCUCCACCUUCAUCCUGAUCGUCUCCUAAAAGGUCGUAUCCUCCGAUCUUUUCUGAUCGUAACCAUUCAAGUUAACGUGUCAAUUUACACCGACCUCUCUCCGUCGGACGCCGCAGCAUGGCGGAUAAAUUCAGCUCAGAUGAACCGGAUUGGGUGAAAAUUGGGGGUUAGGGUCUUUACAGUCCGACAGAGACCCUCAGCAGGAGGUCAUGUUGUUGUCGUUGUCGUUGUCAUGGUGACCUCCUCAAACUGUUGUUGUUUCUGUUUGACAUUCUUCUGUUUUUCCGCGUCUCCUCCUGCAGUUCCUCCCGAGCUGACCGUCCCCAGGGGGCGCUCUCACCUCAUCGCUCAGGAGGGCGACACCGUGGACCUUCAGUGCCUGGUCUCAGGGAAACCCAAACCCAUCAUCCUGUGGUCGCGGGUGGAGGAGAGCGGGGCGGCGGCGGCGACGGUGUCGCUGAUGCCCGACGGCUCGGUUCAGAUCGAGAGUUACGACGGCGUCCUGAGGCUCAACAACGUGACGAGGGAGAUGAGCGGGACGUACCGCUGCCAGACGAGUCAGUACAACGGGUUCAACGUGAAACCGAGAGAGGCGCUGAUCCAGCUGGUGGUGCAGUGUGAGUGACGCACACACACACACACACACAGAGACACACACACAAGGACAUGACACGGAGUCUUUGACCAUGAACUCAGAUUAUGACACCAGUGGAAGGAGGCGGAGCUAGGAGGAGUUCUGAGGCCCGUCAUUGGUGGUUCCCACUCUUGAUUGACACAUGUAGGUGGAGUUGGACCGGGUCCUCGGUCUCUGUACUAACAGUAACAGUGCCUGUCAGUCAAGUUAGCCCCGCCCCCUUUUUAUUAUUAUAUCUUCAAACUAACGAGUUCAAACUAAACUCAGCUGGAGACUGUUUUUAAACCGAAACGAACUUUUUUAAUGUGUGUGUGACGAGGAAGGAUGUGGAGUCUGCCUCUAGUGGACACUGAAGGAACUGCAGUCUAAAACACUGACUGACUCAGACAUGAACUUCAGGAGGACAGAGUCCAGCUGACAGUUACAGCAUCAACCACAGCAGAGGACAAACAGUCCUGAACAGUUUACACUCUCCAUGACGUCAGUAGUUCUUAUCUUCCUGAAAGUGGCGUUCACAUCGGUGUCUGAUCGCCAAGAACGUGACUUCUUCUGUAAACAUGUUUUACUCGCAGGAAACAUGUGAGUUCAGGUCAUGACCUCUCCGCCCGUAUCCUGCUUCCUGUUCUGGAACAACUUUUGCUCAAAUCUGUUGUUAAUUAUUCGCCCCCACAGAUUAUAAAGGAUGUAGAGUCUGCCUCUGGUGGACACUGGAGGAACUGCAGUUUGAGACUUAAUUUCAUGAUUCUGUUCAGAGUUUGACCGACUCUGACGUUUCAGAUCAGUGUGUGUGAGUGUGUGUGAGUGUGUUGUCAGGUGUGUUAAGUCCCCGUCGCUCCGACUCCUCGAACUCCUCGUCUGAAGAUCUCCUCCUCGCAGUUUCUGCUUCGAUUCUCCGCAGAAUCAGAACGAGUGAAUCUGAGGAGGAGAUUCAGUCUGACAGCCUUUUAGUGCAGCAGGACGCCAGGAGCGCGCACGUGUGUGUGUGUGUGUGUGUGUGUCUGUGUGUGUGUGUGUGUGUGAGGCUCCUCUUGUCACCUCCUCUGAUGGUAUUUCGUUCGACGGGGUUCCCUGCAGGUUAGAUGGAGCGUGAGUGGAAGGUCACGGACUCGAUCACUGACACACACACACACACACACACACACACACACACACACACACACACACACACACACACUCUGAGCUGGUGUGUUUCCUCUCAGGUGCGUCUCUGAUGGAUGAGAUCAGAUCUGAUUGGACGAUGCAGCUCUUUCGCUUUAGGUCACAAUGCAUUCUGGGUAUUUCCCAGGCUGGUGUCUCCCCCCGGGUCGGGUCGGUUCUGAGAGGAGAACGGUCUUUGAGGAUCUCUCUGAAGGCUGCGGUCUGAUCCGGUCUUCAGAACCGAUCCUCAGGAGACGGAGCAGGAAGUCCUCAAAGUUCUGAUCCGACAGAUUUCAGCCUCUGAUCUUCUGAGGAGGAGGAGGAGGAGGAGGUGAGGAGGAGGAGGAGGAGGACGAGGACGAGGAGGAGGAGGAGGAUGAAGGUUCUUUAAGGUCUGGAGUCCACGCUCGUCCACUCCCUGUGGAGAGAGAGAGAGAGAGGAGGUGAGGAGGAGGAGGAGGAGGUGGAGGUGAGGAGGUGGAGGUGGAGGAGGAGGUGCCAGGAUAAAACGGUUCCAUCAUCAUGAGUCGGUCGGCGCUCUGACUCGGACCGCCUCAGCAGACCUCAGAGUGACGAACGCUGACUCAGAACGAUCCUGCAGAAACACGACUAAAACGGCGUUCUGACAGAAACCCCCCCGCUCGCUCGCUCCCUCGCUCGCCCUCCGCUGAUGUCCGCGCUGUGACAGAGCGGGUGAGUCAAACCGGCGGAUGGCUGCGGGCGGCGCUGACCUCCUGCUCGGUGGAACACCUCAGGGGUAUCAGUGUUUGGCCGAGGACGCUCGUCUCCUCAACCAGCCUGACGGCGAGGAGGAGGAGGAGGAGGGGCGGCGUCCUGGCCUUCGUCACCGCCUGCAGAGGAUCCUCCUCGCCGUUUACUCACUGUCCUCCUCACACUCGUGAACACGCCGCCGCCUGCUGCACUCAGCCAACGCCGCUGUCUUCACAGAUGGUGCUGUCUAAACAAACCCACGGACGAGGACCAAUCAGAGCGCAGCACCUCAGAACAGCGGCGGAGAAACGGGAGAGAGAGAGAGAGAGAGAGAGAGAGAGGGAGAGAGAGAGAGAGAGAGGGAGAGGGAGGGAGAGAGAGAGAGAGAGAGAGAGAGGGAGAGAGGGAGGGAGAGAGAGAGGGAGGGAGAGAGGGAGGGAGGGAGAGAGAGAGAGAGAGAGGGAGGGAGAGGGAGAGAGAGGGAGAGAGAGAGAGAGAGAGGGAGAGAGAGGGAGGGAGAGAGAGAGAGAGAGAGAGAGAGAGAGAGAGAGAGAGAGAGAGAGAGAGAGAGAGAGAGAGAGAGAGAGAGAGAGAGAGAGAGAGAGAGAGAGAGAGGGAGAGAGAGAGAGAGAGAGAGAGAGCGAGCGAGUAUCAGGGGAUCUGUCAGCGUUUCCAAGUACAGGCGGAUGUUUCUGCUGACUCAGCACGCUCUAACCUGCAGCUGUUCUACAAACUCUGAACAAACCAGAACAUCGGGUUCUAGGAGGAGAACCGGGCCUCCUUUAUAAAACUGAGGAAACACAGGAAUUCCGUUUAUAAAUCAGUUAACUCUAAAGUUGACGCACGUGAGAGAACGCUUUGCUCCGCCCACAUUGUGCCUAUAAAAGGUCAGGUGAACGCCCCGUACGAAUAAUCAAUGAUACCGAGACGGAUAACGGGCGAAAAAGAGAAACUUCAUUCAAACACUAAAAGAUGAGGUGGAGAAAAGACGUGUUACCCUCUACGUCAGGUGGUCGACAGAGCACGCCGGAGCACGCCGGAGCACGCCGGAGCUCACCUCCAGCUGGCGAGGAUCAUCGAGAACGGUGUGGUGACGGAGGCGGACACAGAUACACUGAAUACACUUGAGGCAUUUGGACGUAAUUCCAGGGUGUUCCAGCAGGGCGGCGGCGGUGCUGCGAUCACGUCCAUCAAUGACGAGGCCGAGAAAUCAAAUGCGGUCGAUCACGUCCAUCAGCGUUUAUAAAUGAGGCCCCAGAACCCGGUUCUGAGACUCUGGAUCCCCGCUCCUCUGUGGGGGGCGGCACUAAGACCUGGUUCGGUUCUCCUCAGAUGAGGUUCUGACAGAUGUGGGCCGGUUCUCCUCUAAACUUCCUCUGCGUGUUUUUGUCAUUUCCCAGCGUCUCUAAGCAGAUUAGUGCUGCAGCGGUCAGAUUACAGGUGGAUUACUGAGAUAGAGCCGAAACACAUAGAUCCUGACUGUGUUUAAGAGGAAACAGGAAGAAUGAACAUCUAUGUUUGUGACGGGGUCCACUCAGGACCAGGACCAGGACCAGGCUGAUCACAGCUGUACCCAGAACACAGAGCUGGGGGGGCAGUUUUUGGGGUUUUAGUCCCACCGUAAUCCCUCUCAGUCUGGUGGGUUUGCUCUGGAUUAACGGGAUGACAGCGAUGAGCAGAGGUGACGUCCCACAAUCCUCUCUGACGAACAUCCUCCUCCUCCUCCUCCUCCUCCGGGGUUACCGACACGCCGGGCUGGAAAUGAUCUCUUCAGAGAGCGGAGGAACCGUGACAGCAGCUGUUGGACCAAAUCCCACCGAGGUCGUUAGUCAACGGGGAUUACAGGGACGACAGCGGCGUGACGAGUCAGCAAAAAAACACAAUCAGAGAGACGCCGCCGAAGAGGAGCGAGAACACGGACUCCAGUAUGAAAAACCACUUCAAUAAACCGACAGAGGUUCCAGAUUAACGCGGAUUAGCAAAGAGUUUAAUCCAAGACCACUUCAGAGGAGGUUACAGAGUCUUCACAGACCCUCAGAGGAAUCUAGAACCAUACAUCUACACUCUCUGACACAUACAUCUACACUCUCUGGAACCAUACAUCUAUACUCUCUGGAACCAUAGAUCUAUACUUUCUAGAACCAUACAUCUAUACAAUCUAAAACCAUUUAUCAAAACUGUCUAGAACCAUAGAUCUACACUCUACAGAACCAUACAUUUAUACUAUCUAGCAACAUAUAUCUAUACUCUCUAGAACAUAUAUAUCUAUACCCUCUAGAUUCUAGAGGGUAUAGAUAUAUGUUCUAGAGUCUAGAACCAUAGAUCUACACUCUCUAGAAGCAUAGAUUUACACUCUCUAGAGCUAUACAUCUAUACUCUCUAGAACAUAGAUUUACACUCUCUAGAACCACUCAUCUACAAUCUCUAGAACCAUAGAUCCACACUCUCUAGAAUCAUACAUCUAUACUCUCUAAAACCGUAGAUGUACACUCUCUAGAACCAUACAUCUAUACUCUUUAGAAACAUAGAUAUACACUCUCUAGAACAUAUAUCUACAAUCUCUAGAACCAUACAUCUAUACCCUCUCUAGAACCAUACAUCUACCCUCUCUAGAACCAUAGAUCUAUACCCUCUCUAGAACUAUAGAUCUACCCUCUCUAGAACCAUAGAUCUACCCUCUCUAGAACCAUACAUCUACCCUCUCUAGAACCAUAGAUCUAUACCCUCUCUAGAACUAUAGAUCUACCCUCUCUAGAACCAUAGAUCUACCCUCUCUAGAACCAUACAUCUACCCUCUCUAGAACCAUAGAUCUAUACCCUCUAAAGUUAUCAGGAUGAAAUCUCGUUAAUGAGCUGGAACAGGCGCCUCAGCAGUGCAUUGUGGGAAUUCAACAGCUCUGUCAGAAGUCUGUUCCGACCAAUCAGAGCGCUCGGCUGAAGGUCGGCGUGCGGCAAAGGCGUCCAGCUGACCUUUAGAUGUUCCUGGACCGAGUCCCUCAGAGGGGACGGUUCUGGAAACAAGUCUGGGGGGCGGAGAUGAACCGCAGACCUUUAUCUGAGAGAGUGUGUGUGUGUGUGUGUGUGUGAGUGUGUGUGUGUGAGUGUGAGUGUGAGAGUGUGUGUGUGUGAGUGUGUGUUUGUGUGUGUGUGUGUGUGUGUGAGAGUGAGUGUGUGUGUGUGUGUGAAUGAAAACGCAGAUCUAAACCCUCUAGACUCUUCAUGUGAGAUUGUUGUAGAAACAUAGAUCUAUAUUUUAUAGAAGUUCUCUGCGGUCUGUCAGUUUUGGAGUAAAUCACUCGAGUCUCUAAACCGACUCUUUAAACAGGUGAUUUAUAACCUGUCUGAGUUUCUCCUGGACCUGGUUCUGACCCGGUUCUGACCUGGUUCUGACCCGGUUCUGACCCGGUUCUGACCCGGUUCUGACCCGGUUCUGACCCGGUUCUGAUGAUCCUUCUCUCUCUCCCGUCUCUCUCCCCCGUCUCUCUCACAGUCCCCCCCGUCGUGGAGCCCGUGUUCACGGAGAUCCGUCAGGCGCUCGGACGGGCGUUCAGCCUCACCUGCCGCCUGCUGCGCGCUCACCCGGCCCGCCUCCUCAGGUACGAGUGGAAGCUGGGGUCCCGCCUCCUCACCGUGGGACAGUUCAGCGAGCAGCGGGACGACACCAACUACCAGGUCAAAGCGCUGAACCGCGAGGGCUACGGCGAGUACACCUGUGACAUCACCAACGAGGCGGGGGCGGGGCGCUGCACCUUCCUGGUUACAGGUGAGAGGAAAUAACUCCGUCCUCUGAUCCUGUGUGUGUGUGUGUGUGUGUGUGUGCACCCCAAGGCCUGAUGGGAACUCUGAGCCGAUCUUAAACUGUUUACAUCAGGAGGACGAGAACAAGACGAGUAAUUAGACUUUAUCUGCUCUUGAAAUCGUAAACGCCGACAGACUCGGCGCCGUUUUUCCCCGGAGACCUGAAGGCGUCAUAAAUAAUGUUCAGAGCUUCAGCGACGACAAACAGACGCUCUGAGGUCGGCCGUGAGAAGAGCGGCUGUCUCUGAUACCGGCCCGCCCCCCUCUGUUCUUCGAUUAUCACACAGACCAUCAGAUUUAUCUUCGCUCUUCGCUCCGUUUCCUCCACGCCGUUGUUCUGAUGUCCUCGCUGCAUAAUUUAAAGGAGCAGUCCGCAGUUUUUACCUUUAGGUUACGUGUCUUUGAUUAUCAGUCAAUAGUUAUUAGUUAUUGAUUAUUUGGUAAUAUAUCGAUAUCUCUGUGUUCUCUUCUGUCUGUGUCGUCAACAUUUGAACAUUUUUGAGCGGUCCGCUCUUUCUGACUGUAAACAAAGCCGUUCUCCACCUCCUCUAACCUGAUUGGUUGUGAGGCAGACGCUGCUCCCCCGUGUCGUUCAGGAGCCCAAACAAAGUUAGCGUGCUACAAUAUCGGACAGUAGAAACCAACCAGAAAGUUCGGAAAAUUGUCUGAAUCCUCCUUUGGCCACGACUGCCGACACAAGCAAGAAAACACUCAAACAUAAACAGUCAGCAAGAAAACAGUCAACAAGAAAACAGUCAACCAUAAUCAGUCAACAAGAAAACUGUCAGCAAGAAAACAGUCAACAAGAAAACAGUCAACACCAAACCGGUCAACACAAAACAGUCAACAAGAAAACCCUGCUCCCCCGUGUCGUUCAGGAGCCCAAACAAAGUUAGCGUGCUACAAUAUCGGACAGUAGAAACCAACCAGAAAGUUCGGAAAAUUGUCGGAAUCCUCCUUUGGCCACGACUGCCGACACAAGCAAGAAAACAAAGUAAAUACCGGAGACUCUGGAGGAAUAACGGGCGCUUAAAACGGAGGUAGACCGCGUUUGUGUUACAAAGUCGGAAAAAAUGCAAAAUCGGAGGCGUAAACGAGAUGGUUAGAUCUGCGUUAUUUUAGCGUUCGCCUUGUCCAAAUAUAAGGUAAGCGCUCAAAUAUCUUUCGUAGAUGCAGCCAUCUUGUUUCAUUGUUCUGGUUCUGGUUGGGUCCAGUAUCUGGUCUUGUUCCUGGGGGUUUUCUUCCGUGUUGGAUUACUGAGUCCGUUUCUGAGUCACCACAGCGCUGUGAUGAUGUCGGCUGAGUCAGCCAAUCAGAGCGCAGCUUAGUGCUGUCAGCCUCAGUGUGUUGAAUGUGUCCAGUCAGGUGAGCUCUUCUUCUUCUUCUUUGGUGGUUUUAAUCCUCCGACUGACACAUCAGCGAGAACACACACACACACACACACACACACACACACACACACACACACACACACACUCGUACAGAGUGUUUGCUGUCAUAUUAACUGGAGUGUCAUAAUCCUGCUGCCUGUGAGAUUAAAACACUCUGACUUCAACAUUUGUGUGUGUUUGUGUGUGUGUGUGUGUGUGUGCUCGUGUGUGUGUGUGUGUGUGUGUGUGUGUGUGUCCUCUCAGGUAAGGCCUACCCCCCUGAGUUUUACUACGACACCUACAGCGCUCUGUGGCAGAACAAACCUCGGGUCUAUGGCUUCAAGCUUCAGUGGACUCAGAUGGAACCCAACGCCGUGGACCGGAUCCUGGCCUACAGACUCGGGAUCAGACAGGUCAGUACCAGACCCGGUCCAGACUCUAAACGGAUCAGAUGAUUGACGAGUUUGUUAUCCGGGCUCAUAAACACGGAGAGUGAAAUCUUUGUUUUGUUUUGACACCGUCGGAUUCAGACGAUAAAACGUGAUGAGGCCGUAAAACCCGAUCCAGAAGGUUUAUGAUCCGGGACAGAUAUUCAGAUUGAACCGUCAGAGAGUGUGUGUGUGUGUGUGAGUGUGUGUGUGUGUGUGUGUGAGAAUUAUGACUGAGCUCUAAUUUGUUUUCAGUUUCCUCUCUUUAACUCGACUGUCGCUCUUCUACGAUCAGGACACUCAGGGUUCGACUCUAACUUUGUUCACAUGUUUUUUUAAGUUAUAGGGAUAAAUAAAUUAAAGGGAUCAAUGAAAACUGAUCAAUUAAUGUUUGUCUUAUUGAUCGACCUUAGUACUGUUAUUAGAAAUCAAUUUUAGGUCUUUUGGUCACAUGACAGUGAAGCUAUUGAAGGAAAACAGCCUUUUCUGAGAACAUCAACCGGUAAUUUAUUGACGGUCCCUUAUUCAACACCGACGUUGACAGUGAGGGUGUCGAGUAGAUUUAACCGCGCUGCUGUUGUUAUUCCCGGUUAUGGAGAGUGAGAAGACACCGGUAGAUCCUCAGAGAAUGUCCGUCAGAUAUCCAACCUGAAACUAACUUCACCGCCGUAUUUACAGGAAAAUAUAUCCAACCUAAAACUAACUUCACCGCCGUAUUUACAGGAAAAUAUAUCCAACCUGAAACUAACUUCACCGCCGUAUUUACAGGGAAAUAUAUCCAACCUAAAACUAACUUCACCGCCGUAUUUACAGGAAAAUAUAUCCAACCUAAAACUAACUUCACCACCGUAUUUACAGGAAAAUAUAUCCAACCUGAAACUAACUUCACCGCCGUAUUUACAGGAGAAUAUAUCCAACCUGAAACUAACUUCACCGCCGUAUUUACAGGAAAAUAUAUCCAACCUGAAACUAACUUCACCGCCUUAUUUACAGGAAAAUAUAUCCAACCUGAAACUAACUUCACCGCCGUAUUUACAGGAAAAUAUAUCCAACCUGAAACAAACUUCACCGCUGUAUUUACAGGAAAAUAUAUCCAACCUGAAACUAACUUCACUGCCGUAUUUACAGGAAAAUAUAUCCAACCUAAAACUAACUUCACCGCCGUAUUUACAGGGAAAUAUAUCCAACCUGAAACUAACUUCACCGCCGUAUUUACAGGAAAAUAUAUCCAACCUGAAACUAACUUCACCGCCAUAUUUACAGGAGAAUAUAUCCAACCUAAAACUAACUUCACCGCCGUGUUUACAGGGAAACUGUCAAGCCCUGACACUCACAGAUAAACUCAGUUUGGAUUCAGGAGCUUCAGAGUCUCCUCACAUGAACUCUGCAGAUGUUCCUCCUAAACCUGUAGAUCUUGUUUAAAACUGAGGAUGCAGCAUCUAUGAUUUCCGAUCCUUCGUUGUAAGGACAACUGGACUUAGUUGAGACGUUUCGCCACUAAGUCCAGUUGUCCUUUUAAACGAGCUGACUCUUCUCAUUGGCUCUCUGUCGCCCCCCUCAGGUCAGAUCUGAUUUUAUUUCCGUUAAAAAGGUCGUCUCUUCGUAAACUCUUUAACGAUAAAACGCAAAGACGAUCUAGAACGAACAGAUCUGGACGUGAUGCUGAGAUUCUACCUGAGGCUCCUGCUGCAUCAGUCUGACUUCAGAGAAUCAGGAGGAGGAGGAGGAGGAGGGCUUGUUGCUAUGGCAACCGGCCUGUCUCUCCAUUCAUACGGACGAGUGUGCUGCAGAGAGAGAGAGAGAGAGAGAGAGAGAGGAGAAGUGCUGAUGGGACAGAAAAUGAAGAUGGGAGAGAGGAGAGGAAGAAGGAGGAGGAGCAGGAGUGUGUGUGCAGAAUAAAGAGGAAGAGAAGAAGAAGAGGAAGUGUUUGACAAAAUACACAAAGUUUACUGUCACACACACACACACACAGACACACACGCGGUCUGAUGGAGGUGUUCUUGUUUUUCAGAUGACUCAGUCCCGUUGGUGGGAGCAGGAGAUCCCCAUGGAGGGGAACAUCCAGAAGGGGGAGCUGUUGACCUACAACCUGACCGAACUCAUCAAACCCGAGUCCUACCUGAUCCGCCUCACCCCCAUCACCCGCUACGGAGAGGGGGACGCCACCGAACGCAUCAUCAUGUACAGCGGUAUGACAUCUUUCUCCUCUAUGACAUGAACGUCGCUCGCCUUCGUUAGCGUCCGACUCCUGGUGAAGUGGGUGUGGUCAUGGGUGGAGUCGGACCUCCUCUGAGUCUGAGGGGGGUCAUGAGCCCUGAGGUGUUCCUUCAGAGCUCCUUCAGAUAAAGACGUUUCUCUGACGCCUCCCUGUCAGAGGUCUUUAAGGUCCAGACCGCCUGGAGGAGACCCGGGGGGUAGAACCAGAACUGUCCAGAGGGAUUAUGGAUCCUGAUGGUCUGAGAACACCUGAGAGUUCCUCUGAGGGAGAAGAAGGUCUGGGCAGACUGUCGUAGACUAACCUAACCGUUGAUCAGCAGGAGUGGACAGAUGAUAAACCUGCAACCACAUCAAGGGGGCGGAGCCAAGAUCACCUCAGGGGGCGGAGCCAAGAUCAUAGAGAAGAAGAGAAGACCUCAGUCCAGGUCUACAGAAGUCUAACCCCCAAUUUCCACAGCUGGAUGGAUGCAGAUGUUCCUCCUAAAUCUGGAGAUAUUGUCUAAAACUGAGGAUGCAGCAUCUAGGAUUUCUAGUUCUUCAUUGAAUGGUUACGAUCAGCUACGAUCGGAGGAUACGACCUUUUAGUAGACGAUCAGGAUGAAGGUGGAAGUUGGGGUAACAUUCUUUUGGAAAGGACAACUGGACUUACUCGGGACGUUUCGCCUUUCAACGAAGAACUAGAAAUCAUAGAUGCUGCAUCCUCAGUUUUAGACAACAUCUCCAGAUUUAGGAGCAACAUCUGCGUCCAUCCAGCUCAGGAAAUUGGGGGUUAGACUUCUGUAGACCUGGUCUGAGGUCUUCUUUUCUUCUCUAUGAUCUUGGCUCCGCCCCCUGAGAUGAUCUUGGCUCCGCCCCCUGAGAUGGUUGCAGGUUUAUAAAGUCAGGGUUUAGAGAUCUUUGGUCUUAUUAGUUUUUGUCGCUCCUGUAGAAACAUGUUUGUUUAUUUUUAGUCUUUUUAAUAAUCAGGUAAAACUCCUGACUGGAGCUUUAAUCACAUGACCCGGAUCGGUCCAGGAUUCUGUCCCUGACCCGUUUUCAUCACUGGUUCUGAUUCUAGUGCUGUAAGAAUAAUCACCCGGACCAGUGAACAGGAGCAGAGACAUAAAGACGUGAGUUUAUGGAGGAUAAUAACGAAUAAUUCAUACCUGAGCGCUCCCUCCGCCUCAAAAACCCGAUCUUUAAAUAUUUCAUCCUCUCGACUCGGUUUCUGCUUCGUCGUUCGGUUUGUGUUCUCAAACGCCGACGCCGCUCGUCUUUAUUUACAUGAAAAAAUAAUAAAUAAAAAAAACAGGAGAAGAAGAAAAGAGAUAAAAACUGUCAGACAGAAAUCCUGACGGGAAUCUAAAAUCAUCUCAGAGACACGUCGACGUCUGAAAGAACAAAAAACACCACAGAAGAAGAAGAAGAGAAACCACGGCGACAAACGCAGGAACUCACGGCGAGAAGAAGAAGAAGAAGAAGAGGCGGUCUGAGCGUGAACCCGUGGGCUCUGUGAUGUUGAGUUUGACAGACUGUCAGCGAACGCCUCGCCCCCUGAUCCUCGCAUUAACUCAGCCGGGGUUCAAACAGGAAGUUCAGACAGCUCAUCAGCUGACGCCGCCAAAGGUAAACACCUCCACCUGACGGCGCUCGGGGGGGUUACAUGACCUUCUGCAGGUCACCGCCUGACAUCUGUCAGACGUCAGCUCAGCUGUUUGUUCUGAGCGUCAGUGAAGUAAACACGCAGCUGUGAGAGCGCGCUGCCUUCAGGUGUCUGCGGGAAUUUAAAGGGUUAGUCCGCAGUUUUUCUUUUACCUGUGAGAGUCUGAGAGGAACACAGACCAACGCAGGAUUUCCACGCUUCACGAUUUCCGUUUAAAGCCGCGUCUCAGGAGGUCAAACGCUGAGCUGUUUUUUCUUUCUCUGAUUUUACGAUCAAAAUGAAAAACUGUUCGUUUUCAGUUUUUUAUUUACCAGUUCCCGGAGAUGACUCGUCUCCAGUCUAGAUAUUCUCGGGUAUAAAGACCUGAAAAGACCUGAUGGUACGGGGACCAUCAGAGGCAGACCUGAUCCUGGAUCUGCUUCUUAGAAACAUCAAACAGGAAACUGAGAUUUUCAGAGUAAAAGUGAUGCUUGUAAAAAAGUUCACCUGAACAAAUGGAGACACCGAGUACCGACAACAUGACCUUUAACAGCAGUGAGGAGACGACAGCCUGCAGCGCACGCACACACACACACACUCACACACACACACACACACACACUUCCAUGAGUAAAUAAAGUAAAUGAAACUCUGAUGGAUUUUCUCUCUGCAGGUCGAACUAAACUGAGAGUCAUCCCAAAGUGUGUGUCUGUGUGUGUGUUUGUGUGUGUGUGUGUGUGUGUUUGUGUGUGUGAGUGUGUGUGUGUGUGUGUGUGUCCUGCAGGCUCAGCCUCUCUCUCCACAGAGUAGAGGAGGUGUGGUGGAUGAUGUCACGGCGAGUUAGCAGAGCUGGUUUGAGUUCGCGCUGCGUAUCUGGGACAGUGUGAGGCCGAGGAGCUGCACACACACUUACAUACACACACACAUUAAUACACACACACACACACACACACACACACACACACACACACACACUUAUAUACACACACAUAUACACACAAUAACACACUUACUUUAAGGUCUCCAGUUUGCUGUUUAACUGCAGCUGGAACUUAAAAGUCGUAGAUAUUUAUAGUCGUGUUGAAGUUCACAGGAAGUGGUCAGAGAAGAAGAAAUGUGAGGGAAAAUGUCUGCAGGUGAAGAAAAAAAGGGAGAAAUAAAAGGGGAGAAGAAAGGAGGAAGGAAAAAGGAGGAGAAAAAGGAAAAAACAGAAAGUUUAAAAAUAAAAAAGGGGGGAAAAACAGGAAGGAAAUAAGAAGAGGAGAAAAAGUAAGAAAAAGAGAAAGAAAGAGGAAGAAAAAAGGAAAAAGGAGAAAAAAGAUGAAGAAAUAAAAGGGGAGGGAAAAGAAAAGAAACAAAAAAGAGGAAAAAAAAAAGGAAACAAUUUUAGUAUAGAUAAUAGAGUAUAGAUUCACCAAACAUUCAGGUUUAACAGAUAAAUCUCUUCUACGUGUUAAAAAUUUACUUUUUAAUUCAAAGGUCAAGAAUUUAUGUUUCCGAUAAAAUCUCCGAUGAAGUCCCGAAGUUCGAAACGUAGGUUUGAAGACGUGUCCUCACAAGGAGACAGAUACAAGAACACUCACACACACACCCAGAGCUCAUCAAUUAGUGCUGCUUGAUAACGAAGCUCGAGCUUGUUUCCAAAUAACGCAGCAGCUGUUCACACACUCGGUCUCCAGCAGCUGCACCGUGUUUGAGUGUGUGUGUGUGAGUGUGUGUGUGUGUGUGUGUGUGAGACGUUUGGUGUAAUUACCUUCACGCUGAAAAUCAGAUUAAAAAACAGCUGACUGUGUCAGAUCUGCUGCUGGGUCAGGGUUCUCUUCCUGUUUUACUCUGAAGGGAGACUUUAACUUCCUGUUUUACUCUGAAAAACCUCUGAUUGUUUUAAAGUUCAUGAAUGUGUGACUCGUCUCCUCAGAUCUUCUAACCAAGUUUCUCUUUUUGUCCCUCCUCAGCUCCGGUCAACCCACACCUCAGUGAGUAUCUCUGAACACAGACCCGCUUCACUGACCUCAGAGGUUAAAGUGUGUGUGUGUGAUUUUAACUCUGUGUUUAUGUGUGUGUGUGUGUUUUCAGGGGAGUUCCAGUGCGGUUUCGAGGACGAGAACAUGUGUUUAUUCUCACAGGACAAAACGGACGUGUUCGACUGGACGCGUCACAGCGCCGCCACACGAAACACGAAAUACACCCCGAACACCGGGCCGAGCUCGGACCACAACGGCUCCAAACAGGGUACGCACACACACACACACACACACACACGCACACAAAUGAAUAAAAAUCCCUAAAACUGCAGUUCCCCAAAUGUCCACUAGGGGUGUGUCCUGCAGUGAGUCCGUCCUCAUAGAGCUCCAUAUAAAACUGAACAGCAGAAAUAAACACGUUUACAGCCUGAUACAAAAACAUUUAAAACAGUUUUAAAAGUUUUUAAAGUUUUUAAAAUUUAUAAAUUUUUGACUUUUUAUUUAUUUUCUUUGAUUUUAUCGUAAAUCGUAGCGACACAUGCUAACACAUGCUAACACGAUUAAAUGACUCUUUAAAAACAGCUUUAAUCAGUAAAUUAGUUUAAACUGAUAAAGGAGAUAAAAAAUCUCCCAUUGUGACUUUAAUCCAUCAGCUGUGUGUCGGUCGAUGAAUUUAUGACAAAGUCGCUAAAUUACGUUUUUGUGCACAUGUGCAGUGAGGCAUGAUGGGACAUCUGGACGGGUAGGAUGGAUUUAUAGAACAGUGGGAUUAAAACAGACAGAGUUUAACCUCGCUCCGGUCUCGAACCGUCGUCACGGGCGGGCGACGCCCACUGUGAGCUGGAUAAGCAGUGGGCUGGGCUGACUGAAUGAGAGCAGUUUGACGGACAGGGCGCCGCGCCGCGCUCAGUUCUGCUGCGGGUUCAGAUUCAGAAAGUUUGAGCUGGAGGAAACGUUGAGGGAGGAAGACGUGUGAGAAGUUCGACGUCAGUGAAGACCUGAGAUCAGAUUAAAGCUUCAUCUGAAAUAAUCUGUAAUCAUCUCAGAUCGAACACAGAGAGACAAACACAAACUGACAGUGGAGCGCCUCUCUCUGAGCGAGUCGUCUUUGUUCUGUCAGAACCGACUCUGGAUCAGUGAGCCGGCCCGUCAAAGUGUCCGCUGAGUCUCACUUAGAUCCAGAUCAGUUUAGAUCCUGUCCCGGAGAGUCCUGACAGUCCGGCGCUGAGACUUUAGUUUCAUCUGUCGGAGACACGUAACAGACGGACCGACGGGUUUUAUUCAGACGUCUUCAAAACUGAACGUCGGGAUUUAACGACAGAAACAAAGAAGAGAAACAAAGAACAGACGUUCAAGAACGAGGAGAAAGAAAGACAGAAAGAGUGUCUCCACAGAGACAGUGAGGACAUGAAGGUCCAGGAUCAGGACUCAGAAAAUCCACAGAUUAUUUCCACCGUCUGCCGAUUCCAACUGGAUCUGUUUGUGAGGUGAAUUUCGUGGUGGAUAAGAGACGCAGGAAUCAUGAGAACUCACAAGAACCUGCAGAUUCACGUUCAAUCACACGAUAACGAGUUGUCUCUCUAAAGACAGACACAUAGACAUAUAAGCAGUAGAUUGUGUCCUUCCAGAGGAGGAAAUCUACUUCUAGACUUCUAGAAUCAGCAUCUCCUCAUCCAUGGUGUCAUCGGGGUGAAAUGACGUCUAAAAACCUUUCACUUGUUCGUCUCCGCCCGUUUGCAUGGUGUGAAAUACGAUCCUCCUGAAACAGGAAGUGUUUUAUUUUGAAAAGAAGCCGGAUGUUUUAUUUUGUGUCUGUGCCCGACUUCCUUUCCAGCACGGGUUAAUCUGUGCUGAAUUUAUCCGCCAUGCUCCGGCGUCCAGAAAAAAUAGAACUCUUGUGAUCAGCUGAGGAGUCCGGCGAUCCUCAGAGGAACGGAAAGAAGUCGGUGUAAAUUGACACGUUAACUUGAAUGGUUACGAUCAGCUACGAUCGGAGGAUACGACCUUUUAGGAGACGAUCAGGAUGAAGGUGGAGAUUCUUUGGGACCCUGAAGAGUCUUUAGAGCAGACAUGGAGACAGAUGAUAACAAAAACCAAACAAACCAUAUUAGUAAAUAAAAACAAUAAAAGUGUGUUUUAAUAACAUCUCUGAUCUAAAAGAUGAUCUGUCGUCAUAGUAACGCUGUUUUUCCACCAUCCUGACACUCAGUGAAGAACCCUAACCGGGUCUGAGUGGGUCAUGUCCAGGUUCUGGUCUUGUGUUUGAGGUGAACUGGGUUUAAUCUCAGAGUCUGUCCCUGUCCCUCUGAGGAGCAGAUCUGUCAGCGCUGAGUCUAAUCGGAGUAAACAAAGGUUCAAAUAACUCCACCGUCCACGUCUGACAGCUGCACUUUGUCGCUCCUCUCCUCCUCCUCCUCCUCCUCCUCCUCGUUUCCUCGCUCCUCUUCCUCUUCCUCUUCUUCUUCUGCGGCGGCGGUGGCGGCGGCUCGCCUCGCUCUGCAGUAGACUCUCAUUAAAGCGCGCCUCGGGGUGAACGUUAGAAUCUGCUGUCAAACAGGAAACAGGCGUGACCGUCUGUUCUCUCCUGUUCUCUUUCGUUCGUGACGUUUCUGUGCGGGAUCAGCCGGGGGCGGAUUUGUCGUCCUCGCCGCCGUUUCUGCAGCUCGCUCUCUCACAUUAGCUCUUAGCGCCGCUGCCCUCCUGGGUUAAUCUGCGCUGGUCGGGGAGGGCGGAGCGAGGCGGGGUCAGGGGUUAAAUUCUCUGACUAAUGAAAGUGUUUCCUGUUUGUGACCCUCUCAGGUUUCUACAUGUACAUCGAAACGUCGCGGCCGAGGCUGGAGGGAGACAAAGCCCGCCUCCUGUCGCCGACCUUCAACAUGAACACCAAGAACCCCGCCCCCUCCGCCAACAGCCCCACCUACUGCUUCGCCUUCUUCUACCACAUGUACGGGAAACACAUCGGUGAGUUCACGGGUUAGAGUCAGUCUGAUCAGAACCGGGUCCAGGUCCAGAUCCAGAACCUGACCCUGUUUGUGUCCGCAGGAGCUCUGAACGUCCUCCUGCGUCAGAAAGGUCAGACUGUGACCGACACGUCCGUCUGGACUCUGACCGGUAACCAAGGAGACCGCUGGAGACAAGCCAAGGUCAACAUCCACCCGACAGCAGCCUUCCAGGUAUGGGACACGCCCACCUGAUUACAAGACACGCCCACCAGAUUUACAGGAUACACCCACCAGAUUACAGGGCACACCCACACGAUAACAGACCACAAUCACCCAAAUAUAGGACACGCCCACCAGAUUACAAGACACGCCCACCAGAUUACAGACCACGCCCACCAUAAUACAGGACACGCCCACCAGAUAACAAGACAGGCCCACCAUAAUACAGGACACGCCCACCAGAUAACAAGACAGGCCCACCUACCAGAUUACAGACCACGCCCACUGGAUUACAAGACAGGCCCACCAUAUUACAGACCACGCCCACCCUUAAUAGACCACACCCACCAAAAUACAGACCAAUACCACAUAACAACAGACCACACCCACCAGAUCAAGGAUCACACCCACAAGAUUACAGACCACACCCACCAUAUAACUGACCACACCCACUUUUCAACAAUUAAAUUCAAUCUGGCUUUUAUUUUGAAAUAGCCACAGGAAGUCCAUUAUUUUUUUGCUGAUCAUUUUUCUCUGUGUGUUUGAUUGACAGUUGGUGAUCGAGGGCGUUCGAGGGGCGGGUAUCGAGGGAGAUAUCGCCAUCGAUGAUGUCACAAUUGAAGAGGGUGAAUGUAAAGACCCGCCCCCUAAAAGUAAGUGACCCUCAGUCUGAGUCUAGAACGUCUAUAUCUGUCAUAGAUGUUAAAAUCUACACUAGAUCCUACAGAGUUACAGAGUUAGAGUUCAUAGAUGUUCAGACCAGAUUAAAUAAAUAAAAUAUUUCCUGCUGACUCAUCACGCCUCCUCACCGCUCUCUCUCUUUCAGAUCUACGGACAAACGCCCCGCCCUCCUCGCCCCAUAUAUGGCAGCUGUGUGUCACUCUGAGUCUGGCUGUGAUUGGCUGGCAGAGGUGA